AUGGUGGGCUCGGUCUCGCUUGCGGGUUUGCUGGGGUUGCUACUUGUGUCUGCACUGCCCGGGGUCCUCGGAGACCGCCCCAGCCCCUACCUCCGGGCACACCCAGGGGACCCCACCCAGAUCGGCCCUGAGGCCACCGAACCCCGGCGUCGGCCGCCACCCAAGGACCAGCGCGAGCGGGCCCGGGCGGGAGCUCUGCCUUUGGGGGCGCUGUACACCGCAGCUGUCGUGGCUUUUGUGCUGUACAAGUGUUUGCAGCAGGGGAAAGAUGAGGCUGCAGUUCUCCAAGAAGAGGCAGGCAAGAAGGAAUCACUGCAGUCAGAGCAACAGCUGGCCCAGUUGACACAACAGUUGGCCCAGACAGAGCAACACCUGAACAAUCUGAUGGCCCAACUGGACCCCCUUUUUGAGCGUGUGACUACCCUAGCUGGAGCCCAGCAAGAGCUUCUGAAUAUGAAGCUUCAGACCAUCCACCAGCUGUUACAAGACAGCAAGCCAAACAAGGGUGUGGACAUUCCAGAACCAGAGGCCAGCAUACCCUUUCCUGAGGACUUAUGUAUAGAGGAGGAGGAGGAGGCUGGUGACAGUCAGGCCUGGGAGGAGCCCUUAAGCUGGAGCACAGAGACAAGAACCCUAGCUACUCCCUGGGAAGUGGAGCAGGGGCUAAGGAGAAGAUGCAGCAAGGGUGGGAAGGGCCGCAGUCACAGCCCCCGCCGGCAAGGAGAAAUGACAGCUGAAGGUUUACUAAAACAAAGUCUGUUCUUGUGA